AUGUUUGUUGAUGUUUCCAGUGGUGUGGAUCGUAAUCAUCACCACAGGUCAUCAUCUUCCUCUCAACAACAAAAAUUCGCUCGAACAUUGAUCCUAUGUAUUUCCAUCUUGUUGUUUAGUUUGAUUGUUUUACUCGAAUAUGUGCCAUCUGUGACUGCUACAUCAAGUGAAUGCAGACGUCCAGAAGAUCAGAAAAUUUCCUCUGCCAAGAAACGCUCUGUUUUAAAUUACGACAAUACAGAAGACUUUUUGGAAGAUUCUCUCCUUCAAGAUACCUCAGCACAUACUCUUGCAGAUACCCUCAAAUCAGGAGGUGGAGGAGGUGGCCGAGGUGGAGGUGGUGGCGGUGGUGGUCGAGGCAGUGGAGGAGGUGGUCGUGGAAAUAGUCGAGGAGGUUCUUCAUCAUCAGGAGGUCGUAGUGGUGGACGUGGAGGACGUGCAGGUCGUAGUGGUGGUGGUCGUGGAAAUAGUCGUGGAGGAAAAAGUUCAGGAGGUCGCAGCAAAGGUAGUAAAGGUCGUAGUAGUUCACGAAGUGGAAAAUCUUCCAAGUCCUCGAAAAGUUCAAGAGCUUCAAGUAAGGCAUCCAAGAGUAAGUCGAAGAGUGCCUCAAAGAGUAAGUCCAAGAGUAAAUCAAAGAGCAAGUCCAAAUCAAAGAGUAAAUCAAAGAGCAAGUCGAAGAGUAAAUCCAAGAGUAAGACAAAGAGUAAGACCAAAGCAAAGGCAAAGAAGACCAAAGUUACCAAGCCAGCAGUGAAACCAAUGGUGAAGCCUCCUGUUGUUAAGAAACCAGUAGCUUUGAAGAAACCUGCUGUUGCUGCCAAACCUGCCAGCAAAGAUUCUCGAGGAGAAACAAGAAGUGCCAGAGACAGCUUAUCCAGUGAGGCCAAUAGCAACGUACGUGCAAAUCCAAAUCGUUUCCGUGUGACAGGACCUACAGAUCGAACCCUAAUCCAUCGUCAAUCCUUUACUGGAAAGAAAUCCACGGAUUGUGUUGCUUGCAAAAUUGAUUGCAUGACUGCAGGAACUGUUUUUGAAUCGUGUGCAACAAGAUUUUAUUAUUAUGGAUGUCAACAACAAGCUCCAUGUUACAAUGCAAGAUCUGGAAGAGCAAUUGUGGAGACUGCCAUUGGAAUUUGUAUUGAUAAGAAUGGAUGCGUGUUGAAAGCCACUGGUAUUGAUAAGAAAAAUGGAAAAUUAAUUUUGGAUACUAUUAUUGAAAGAGCUAGUAGUAUUUCCGUCAUUGAUUAA